GAAGCAAGAAGGCCAGGAAUUGAAUGCCAUGGAACAACUGGAACUUGGUCCCAUUAGGACCUUGCUCUAUGGAGCAAUCGCUGGUGCGUGUUCUGAAGCAGCAACUUACCCAUAUGAAGUAGUGCGGAGACAACUUCAAAUGCAAUUAUGGACAACAAGAUUAAGUCCACUUGCGAGUUGCGUCAAGAUUGUUGAGCAAGGUGGUGUUCCUGCCCUCUAUGCUGGUUUAAGUCCCAGUUCACUGCAGGUUUUGCCUUCAGCUGCUAUAAGUUACUUAGUAUAUAAGUUCAUGAAGAUAGUUCUCAAAGAGGAGUCAACAUAAAGAGCUCAUGAGCUUAUCAUUGAGGAUAUACCCGGGAAAGUCUUGAGGAUAACGUUUAGACUUGUUUCAUUGAAAGGUGCUUUCUGAUGUUUCAGAAAGGAAACUCUUUCUUCUUUUGCACUGUCAAAAUUCGUCGUAAUUUCUAUGAUUGUCCUCAAUUUCUUCUGUUUUUGAAUGGUAAAAUGCUCACGAUGAACUUGAAGCGAAGAGAGGAAUUUGUUUAUAUCAUGCUUACUUACCUUAAUUUCUUACAUUAGGUUUAACACAAAAGCAAUUUUUGAUUUUUAGUUUGUCAAUCUAGUGUUUGUUGAUGUGUUGAUGUUUAUGAUGAUUUAAGAGGUGCCUUGCCGUUGCAUUAGGUUUUUCAUGGCUUUUACAUCUGCAAAGCAAGACCUGUCAGAGUUGAUUUUACUAGUGUAUUUGCGCGUUUAGCCGGAAAUGUAAAUGUAGAUGUUUAGGAAAAUAUGUUGAAUAUGGAAGGU